GAAAAUUAAAAAAAUGAAACUUGGGAAAACCCCAAAACAAGAAAGCAUAAGAACUUCAGGAAGCUAUUUUAAUCCCGGAGAUCAUUUUAACCCGGGAGAUUUCGGAAAAACCCAGAAUGCUGCUAAUGUUUUGAGUCAUGAUUAUCAGCUGAUGUUCAUGGAUAUGUAUAAUAGCGGUAGCAACAAUAACAACAACAACAUCGUCCCCAUCGUCAUUAUUUUCAGUCUCUUCGAUGACGUUGAACUUCGAGCGGCCAUAUUUUCGAAAUGGACUCGUCCGAUGUCACGUGUCUUGGACGACGUCAUUGUAUGAAUCAUCGUCAUCAUUACCAUCCCCACCAGCACCAUCAUCAUUGGUACCGUCAUCAUCAUCAUCAUCAGGUGAUAACAAAGAUAAUAAAUAUGCCGUAACUUGGUAUCCGAUUGAUUGUAGUAAUGAUGAUGACGUCACUGGCGAUGAUGAUGACGUCAAGGAUGAUGAUGAGGAGGAAAGCAGAAAUAGUACUAUGAAUGAUGACGACGACGCUGACGACGAUAAGAAUAUUUUCAUAAGUUAUGAAAAUAUCUUUAAGGACUUCACUGGUAAACAUGAAGCAAAAACUACUGAUGAUGAUGGUAAUAAUAAUAAUAGCAAUAAUAAUAAUUAUGAUGAUGAUACUAUUUAUGACGACGAUGAUGACGAUGGUGGUCGCCACUUACAAUGGCAAAGCGUUUCUUCAAUUUCGGAGGAUAAUAACUUCACAAUCUAUGACCUCCAAUUCAACUGUCGCUACCACGUGAUCGUUCGUUCCAUAUCCGGUCAGUCAGCCACUUCCGGAAAGGACGCAAUCACUUCUGGAAACGACGUAAUCAGCGUGCCCUCUUGUCGCGAAAUUUUCGUUCAGGGGACGCUUAAACCCAUCUGUCCGAAGAAAG